ACUCACGUGCCUUUUGAGCCAUCCUAUAUGCACUGGUGUCCUGCUUGCUUGUCACCCGUAACUGACCUGGCAUACGAUAUGUAAGUUUUAGUACAUACAUAGCUGGCUAUGCCAUGAUAGCAACAUCAGAUCAAACAUACCUACUGCAGUGUCGCCAAGCCCUUUUCUGAUUUUAAAACCAUGCUACAUUAGUUGGAUAACGACAUACUUAGAUAGAUAUUAGUAAGCAUGCUCUAUCCCUGUUUCCCAAUGAAACCAUGCACGACUAUGGGUCUAGCUAGGAUUGCAACAAGUAAAUGGGAAUCUUCAAAGAACCGAGAGAACAUCUCAACUGCUCUCCUAGUACACGCAUCGUUUAGGUCCCAUAUGUCCCUAGUCCCUGCGGGUGAACUGGCGGUACCACAUUGGCUAUUCCACAGCUCCUUGCUCGCUCAGAUCGCUGACAUAGUGGCUUCACAAACGAUUGGCUGUGUAACGGACCACUCUGCUGGCAUGUCAGGAACUAAUACACCGUCUUAUGGUCCACAGCGUCGUGAGACUGAUGAACAGCCAUCGGCUCAUGCACCACUUAUUCCCAGAUCGGAGAAUAGCGACGAGCUUCGACUUCCACGCAAGGGGGCGACUUUGACCCAAAUAGACUGUCUAGCACUGAUUGUCAGUCUGCAAAUUGGGUCCGGGAUCUUUUCAGCACCUAGUUUAGUUGCUCAGCAAGUCCGUUCCCCUGGAGAGGCUCUAGGUAUUUUUGUCGUGGCAGGCUUGCUCGUCUGGACUGGAGCGGCAUCGUUCGUUGAGCUGGGACUGCUUGUGCCCUCCAAUGGGGGAAUUCAGGAUUACUUACGAGCCAGCUGGGGUGAAUAUUCAGGAUAUUUGUUUUCUUGGAUAUGGGUCGGCAUAGUAAGACCAGGCGGUAAUGCAGUGAUCGCUACUAUCUUCGCCGAUUUUUUUCUCAAGGCUCUACAACCGUCUGAUCCGAUUUGGCCGUGGGCUACCAAGAUCGCGGCGCUCGGCUGUGUAGCUUUACUAACGGCCAUUAACUGUCUGGGUGCGACCGCAGGAGCAAAGGCCGCUAAUGUAUUUAUGGUGCUCAAAUUUGCUGCCCUCGGCAGCAUCGUUGCUAUCGGGUUCACAAACUACGUGCUCGGCUACGGGUAUGGAGUGCCAUCCUCGGAUACCGGAUGGUUCGGACAGGAUCCGGUAACAGAUGUAUGGGGGUCGCUUGGGAGCCUUUCUACAGCCGUGUUUGCGGCUCUAUUCUGCUAUGGCGGCUGGGAGAGUGCAGGUUUCAUCGCGGGGGACAUGAAAAACCCAGGAAAAGAUCUACCCUUGGCAAUCCAUUGGGCUAUGGCACUAGUGAUCACUGGCUUCUUCUUGAUGAAUGCGAGUCUAUACGUUUGCUUGCCUUUCGAGGUAAUCCGAGACAGCAAAACAGUUGCAGUGGAAUUUGCAAAUCGGACUAUUGGAGCAUGGGGUGGGCUCAUAUUCACCAUUGUGGUGGCUAUAUCAGCUAUGGGCGCUGUCAACGCAAAUUUGUUUGCCGUUGCGAAGCUCUGUGUAGCAGCUUCACAGCGUGCUUAUUUUCCGCCGAUACUGGCGAACUUGCAUUGUUGUGCCGCACGAGAUGAGGAAGCCUACUUUCGCCGAGCGCUGUCCUGGCCAUUCCGACCUCCUGUCUUGCUCUUCGUAAGGCUGACGCGUAGGCUACGGUGGGAACACUCUGUACCCGUGCUCGCACUGCUGUUAAACGCCAUGCUCACAUCAUUGUUCAUACUGGUUGGUAGCUUUACUGGGCUUCUCACAAUGAUAGAGAUGCUUAAGUUCUUCUGCUACAUGAUGUCAGUUAUUGGCCUAAUCAUCAUGAGACGAAGAGCUGAUGAACAAAUGCCAAAUCUAUCCCAUCCUACGUACAGGACGUACAGAACAUGGGUUGGAAAUCCAAUUAUAUUUGCGUCCGUCAGUGGAGUGUUGAUCAUCAGAGGCGCACUAUCUGCACCACUCCGAGCACCAGUGAUACUCUCCAUGGGCAUCCUAGUGUUAGCUGUGUUCUAUAGAAGUUAUAACUCCCAAUCCUGCAGGGUGCCUCGGCACACCUGAAGUCGAUUUCAGAGUUUCUUGACUACUCACAGGGCUGUUACACACAUUACUUGCCAUCGAGGCAACGCUGACACAUGUUUUGUGAACCUGGUUCAUAGUUGCCACGAAGAACUUGGCA